AUGAUAUCAGUAAAAUAAUUAUUCAUUUUGAUUUCCUUUUAAAUUCAAAAGCAUUUAAUUCAUAAUUUGAAUUAAAUAAAUGUUUGUAAUUAUUUGAAUUAGAAUCUGUCUAAAGUCUUGGGUUAAAUUGUUAAUGCUUUCUUGAUCCAGAUGAUAAUCAUCAAUUAUUAAUAUCUUUAGGAGAAAACUCAAAAAUAAAUGUAGGUGAUGAAUUAAUAUUUCUAAGUAAUUCUUUAUCUCAUGUUAAUUGUGAAACUACAUUAAACAAAGUUUAUUUUUCCAACAUUAUAAUUGCCAUUAAACCCAUUGGCUCCAUAAAUUGAGUAUAUUGUACCUUUACAUAAAUUAAAUCCUUAUACAGAAAACUCAAUUUAUUUGAAAUCAAUAAAAAACCAUGGAUUAAGAAAAUUAAUUAAUAUAAACUGGACUUUUUAGGCAGAAACAAGCCAAAUUACAGAAGCCUUGAAUGAUUUCAUUACAUAAAUCAAUUUUCUUUAGGAAUUAAAUUUACUUAUACCCAAACUUACAUUACCUAGUGAUGAAAUUCUCAAAUUUAAGAUCUAAUAUGAAAAUUUCAUUAAUAUUCAUUCAUAAUCAGAAUUUACAAUAUAAACUCAUUCAGGAUGCCUUCCAUAUAUUGAAAUAACUGCAAAACCUUAAUAUUUCGUAUAUGAGACGAUUACUAUAAGUUUAUCUGCUAACACUUUAUAUUAAUCAAAUUAAAGUGAUAGUUCUAAAUAUUUAAUUGAAAUUAGUGAAAUUGAUAGAUAUCCUAAAAAGUCAUCGUCUUCACAAUUAAAUAAAUCCAUGUAAUCUAAUCCUUUUGAAAAAAUUUAAGCAAGCAUUCUAAAAUAUACAUUAAGUCCUAAUACAACUUAUACGUUCUAAGUUAAUGCAACAAAUUUAAAUACAAAUAAGGCUCAAUAAUAAAAUUUGAGUAUUUAAAUCCCAUAUGCUGGAUUAAUAUGCAAAUUUAAUAACAAAGAAAUCUAGAGUAUUAGAAAGGAUCUCAAUUUAUAGAUAUAAUGUAGAGAUUUAGACACAAUAUAUGAUUGGAAUACUGAUCCAGAUUUGUAUGUCCAAGUAGCCUGUAAGGAUUUAACUUUAAAUAGCACUUGCAUAAAUUAAUUAAAAUAAUUAAUUAAUGUCAAUGUUACAGAUACAUUUUAGUUUAUUAAGAAGAAUUCAAUUUCUUCCUUAACUGUGUAGGAAUGGUCAGUCAUAGUAACCAAAUUUGACUAAAUUUACAAAUUUACAUAAAUUAUCGUUUUUCUUGAGGAUGAUUUCCCUGUUUUAGAUUUAGAUUUCAAUUAGGGUUAUUUAAUGAGAUAGGUUAAUAAUUAUGAAUAGCUGAAUUUUACAUUUCUAAUCCCAUUCAAUGAAAAAUCUUAGUUAUUAGAUCUAUCAAUUGCACUUAUAUAUAACUAUCAGAUAAUAGCAAUACUGUAACCUAAAUAUUUUUCUCAUUAAUUUAAGUUAUUUAAUAGUCUAGAAGAGUUAAAAUUGGGGAAUAACAUUAAUCUUAAAUUUACAGCAUAAUAUACAAACAAUAUCAUGCCUAGUCUAAAUACCAUAAAACUGACUAUUAAUUAACCUCCUAUCUGUUCAAAAUUAACUAUUACUCGUUCUAAUGAUUAAGCACUUUCAAAUAUGAUGGUUACAACUACUUGUUAAUACUCAGAUGAUUCUCCUUAUAAGUACGAACUUAGAGUAUUUUUGAGAGAAUAAGAUUUAACAGAUUUUUUGAAAGGUUCAUCUGAUAAUUCCUUAAUUCUUUAUCCUUAUUAGUCUUAAAUUCAAUUUUAGAUUUAAAUUCCUACUUCAGUAGAUUCUUCAACAAUUGGACUUCUAUUAUAAGUGCUUGAUUAAGGAGGAUCAAUAACUCCUAUUUAUGAGUAAAUUACUUCAACCCCUGCAAAAAUUAAUUGUUCCUAAAUAUAAUUUACAAAUUUGAAAUUGCAAAGCAAGAUUUCCUUGUUAUUUGAAGCGAUGAAUUAAAAAUGUAAUGAGUUACAUAAUUAAAUUUAUCUUGAUUUACUUUACUAAUAAAUUUUGCCAGAUUAGAACGAUAACAUCCUAAAAUUUUAAGCUAUAAAAUUAUAUAGGUAGUUUUUAAUAUAGUUUGGAUAGACUAAACCUAAGAAUCGAUUAUUAUUUGAAUCAAAUUAAAAAGGAUGCUAUGAUAAAAAUUCAGGUCGUUUCUUUAUUACAUAAAAUGAGGAUGAAUCUAAUUCAAAUUCAACAACAAAGAUAGAAGAGUUACAAGAUAAUGUUAAGAAAUUAGAUUCAUCAUUUAAAUAUUUUAGAGGAAUGAAAAAGCAAAGUGAAGAGGGGCUCAAUCAAAAUAAUUACGUUUGGAAUCAAGAACUUUUCUAAUAACUAUAAAACUUCUAAGGAGGUUUAAUUAAUCUAUUACUUUGUUGA